UCUGACUAAUCAUGGCUGACUGGAGUCUACUUGGGAACUUUCUAGAAGAAGUCCAGGAACAUUCCACCUCGGUGGGAAAGGUGUGGCUCACCAUUCUUUUCAUCUUCCGGAUCCUGGUCCUGGGCACGGCCGCCGAGUCCUCGUGGGGUGACGAGCAGGAAGACUUCACCUGCGACACUGAGCAGCCCGGUUGUGAGAACGUUUGUUACGAUCGAGCCUUUCCCAUCGCGCAUAUCCGCUUCUGGGUGCUCCAGAUUGUAUUUGUGUCCACACCUUCUCUCAUCUACAUGGGACACGCGAUGCACAGUGUCCGCAGAGAGGAGAAGAGGAGGAAAGAGCGGGAAGAAGAAGAAGGAGCACAAAGAGACAGAGAUGGAGAGAAGUACCCAGAGGAAGACAAGAACUGUGGGAAGGAGGACGAAGGUGGAGGUGGGAAGGUGCAACUGAAGGGGGCUUUGCUACAAACAUAUGUACUAAGUAUCCUCAUCCGCUCUGUAAUGGAAGUGAUCUUCAUCAUAGUCCAGUACAUGAUCUAUGGAGUCUUCCUUAAUGUGCUCUACGUAUGUAAGGCCUCUCCGUGUCCGCAUCUGGUCAACUGCUACAUCUCGAGACCUACGGAGAAGAACGUGUUUAUUGUGUUUAUGCUGGCGGUAGCAGCUGUAUCGCUGUUGCUAAGUGUCGUAGAACUGUAUCAUUUGGCGUGGAAGCAGUUUAAGGGUUGUUUGCAAGGAUAUAAGGCUUCCAAACAGCGACCGAAUACACCAUCCACCGUGGCUGCAGUCUCACCAAACCGAGCUUGCACUCCACCUCCUGACUUCAACCAGUGCCUGACAUCUCCACCAUCUUCCCCUACCAUACAGACACACGCAAACCCGCUUUUACACCCAACCUGCCCGCCUUUUCACGACCGGCUGGCACACCAGCAAAACUCGGUGAACAUGGUCACUGAACGCCAUCGAGGUCAAGACUACCUAGGAGUCAACUUCUUCAGCUUCUCACAUACACUUACAGAGAUGCCCAACUCAUGCGCCUCACCUUCGUUUCUAAGCAGUGAUUUUGUUGAGGACAAGCGAAGGUUUAGCAAGAGCAGCGGGACCAGCAGCCGCAUGAGACCGGACGACCUUGCAGUAUAGCACUGACCGCUCGCAUAUGGAAAAGGGUCAUCUAGUGUGACUAGUCAUAAAUCUGCGACAUGAUUUUGCACUUGACCUAACAUAUAGACUGAGCCAGAAUAUCGGUUCACACAUUAGCACAGAUGCAUAAAUGUGAGUGAGUGAUGCAUAAAGAAAACCAUUCAACUUAAAAAAAAA